ACCCACCUUAUAAGUCUAAUGGGCUACUCCUCCUUCCACCAAUUGGUUUUGGGAUGGAACCCCAUUUGGGCUUUAUAUGGGUUUUCCCUCUCAUGGUGAGCUUCAUAUUAGUGGGACCGCACCCGUUUUCCCCCAGUUUCUUACAAUAUGAACAAUUGGUAGAUAUGAUUUACGAAAAUGGUGGAUUUCGUGAUAGUUGGACAAUUUCGAAUAUUACUUUCAUGGUCCAACAAUCGGAUGGUUCGUUUAUUCCCGCAAGACUGGAUAAUGAUAGUGCUCUUGCGUGGAUUUACUACUUUUCUCGUAUGUCCGUUGUGUUUUUGUAUAUAGUGUUGGAAGCAAACACACAGGUUACACAGGUUGAAGAUCCUACGCCAUCAUAUGGUUAUGGGGGAGUGUUUGGUGAUGAGGGUACGUGGACUACGCAUGCCGGUAAUUUUGGUGAAGGGACGAGUAAUUUCGGCGAAGGGACGAGCUUUACCAUGAGAGGACCGGACAUUGAGGAAGAAAUUGUUGGAGAUGAAGAUUUCACUAAUGAAAAUCGAAACUUACAAUCGAAUGAAUUGCCGGAAAAGCCUUCGGGAAACCGAUCAACACACGAGCAACAUAGAACCAAACCGAGAUGCAGAGAAUGUCGUAGGGAAGCCAAUCAACGCACGAGUAAUAUAGCUUACAAACCAAAUUGCCGAAGAUAUCGUCGAAAAAUCGAUCAACACUCGAACAAUAAAUAUUACAAACCAAAAUACAACGGAAAGAAUAAAAUCUUCUCCCCAGCAGGGGAGAAAGAAAGAAAAAGAACAAUGAAAGAAUCUGAAUGCUUUCCAAUCUCGCAGAGGCAUGAAUUUAUACAGCGACCAAAUCUUUCAAGUGACGGCAUACAGCGACCAAAUCUUUCAAGUGACGGCUCGAGAAAAAAUCACGACAAAAACAGUACAAACAACAAGAAGUCGUUCAAAGUUGUGUGUAGAUCGGCUGAAGUUUCACCAUGUAUAUGGAAGGCUCGGGUGAGUCUUAACACACGGGUUCACGACAUGUGGGAGGUAAUGGAAUGGACCGAUAGCCACACUUGCAUGCAGGUGUUCGAGAGAAAUGACCAUAAGAAUGUGACCGCCACCAUGAUCUCAAAUCUUCUGUUGGCUAAGAUUCAGAAUCAGGUGACCUACAGUGUGGAAAUGGUGCAGGCCGACGUAAAAAGCGCCUGGAGCGUCGAUGUCAACUAUAAGAAGGCGUGGCACGGGAGAAAAAAAGCCAUCGAUCGUCUGUAUGGCACGUGGGAAUCGAAUUUUGCACAUCUCCCCCA